UGGCGUGACCGGGAUUUGUACCCCGGUUAUAGCGACACAGUUGCACUCUAAGGCAGGUCCCUAGACCAUUGAGAGAAUACAAGUUCAACAACAUCUUGUUGUCUCCUUACAGGCCACAUCGGAUACAUGCUACAGUGAAAGAGGGCAUCAAGGAGCACAUUUUAUCUUUCCCAAGAACCCAGAACCACUACUCUCGGAUGAAGGGGGAUGUACACAGAGAAUACCUCAGCCCUGAUCUGAAUUUGUUGCGAAUGUACCGACUCUACAAAGAGAAGAAUACCACAUCAUCUGCAAAAUUCUGGGUUUAUAGGGACAUUUUCAAACAGCAGAGUCUCAAUUUCGGCCAACCCAGGAGUGACACCUGUGGCACUAAGAUGUCAGCAGCAACAUCUGAAGAGGAGAAGAGGAAGAUUGCAGUUGAAAGUGAGUUGCACCAUCGAAAAGCCGAAAAGGCCUACACACAGCUUCAAAGUGACACUGAGUGGGCUAAAGCCAAUGCUGACUGCCAUGUCAUUUCUGUGGAUCUACAGGGGGUGAUGUACACCCCUAAUCUGACCCACUCCAAUGUCUACUACCAGCGGCAGCUGUCAAAUUUUAACCUUUGCCUCCAGGAACUUGGAAAAGAAGAUCCUGCAUACAUGUGUGUUUGGCAUGAGGGGAUUGCACACCGAGGUUCCAUUGAGGUAGCAAGCUGCAUAUUGAAGUGGGUGAAGACAAAAUUCACGCCACUCCCCAAACCAGAGGUGCGCAAGUUGAUCAUCUUCAGUGACAGAUGCUGUGGGCAGAAUAACAACUGGCGGAUGCUCAAUCUGAUGUCGAUGCUCAUCUCUAUGGGUUACUUUACCCAAGUUGAGCAGAAGUUCAUGGUCUCUGGUCAUUCUUUUCUUCCUUGUGAUCGAUCUUUUGCCACCAUUGAGAAGAGGCGCAAGGUGUCAGUCCUUCAUACACCUGAUGAUGUUUCAAAGAUGAUACUUGAAGCACAACCAGCAAAACCAUUCAAGGUGAUGAGGAUGCAAUGUGAAGACUUCAGGCACCUUCCAGAUUCUGUCCUCAAGCGACCAGCUGGACUACAGAUCACCUCAGUGAGGUGGUUAAAAGUCACAGGUAUUGGGAAAGGAAUCGAUCGCAAACAUUGGCUCAUUCUAAGAUCCGAUGACAGUAUAUCACAGUUGAGGAUCCUUGGAAUCUGUACGCCAGACAGAGCCACAGUCUAUUUGAGGGAUGGAAAUCGUGGCUGAUCUCCAAACCAAAACAAGGAGCUACACCUCAACCUCCCUAUUUUGCAAGCCACUACCCUAGAGCAUAUGAGAGUCCUCUGCCCAUCAAAAAAAACAAGUACCAAGAUCUGAUGACCAUGCUCAACUACUUGCCAGCUGCUGCACGCUCUUUUUAUAAAUCACUGCAGAGUGAAUAAUUUGAUGUUAAACCAAGCUACAUAAUUAACCGUUUUUUCUGUGAGUUUAUGAUCCC